GUUUAAAACUUGCUUCGUGAGGUUAAGUCUUGUUCAUCGUAUCGAAUGUAAAUCAUGCCGUCCUUACGAAAGCGACUGAGCAAUGUGCGGAGUGAACCUCUUACAGUAUGUUCAAUUGCGACAGUCGUUUUGUUGUUAUGCGUGCUAGUGACGGUAGUGAUAAUUGUGUGGACAAUGCCGGAUAUUGCACCAGUAAACGGGAGUUCGCACAUCUGUUUACAAGCUGACGAGGGGGUAAAAUGCAGCGAAACGGUUUCGACCUUGAAGAAUUUGUUGGAAAAAGAGAUUAAAAUAGUUUAUGCGCAAACCCGUACACAAGACAAUAUAGACACAAAGAAAUACUUUGAAGAAAAUGUUAAAAUUGAGCUGAAAAAUGAUUACCUAGCAACGAUCCCAGACAUGAAACCAGCGGCAAAGCUUGUGGGGUUGUUAACAAGCUCAUUUACAAAGGAUUUCACACCAAAUAAAAUGGAAACGGUAUUGGCAUGGUUUAAUGGAAGAGAUUUGGACUAUACUACCGGCUUUAUGAGAUAUGGAAUGAGGUACCAAAACGGCCGUCUUAUUGUACCACUAACAGGAACAUACAAUAUCUACUCUUUCUUGAGUCUGACGGAAAACAGUGACACACCUGAAGACCGGGUUCAACAUGCAAAUGAGAUGUUGAUUAGGCAUUCAAUGUACAAGUACAACGUAAAGCUUGGGCAUGAUGUGGAACUCGCGUCUUCUAUUCAAACAAGGCGGCAGUCCGCAAAUCGUAACUUUAAUGCUUUCAGUUCACAUAUUUCAACUUUGGUACAAUUAGAGGCUGGGGACGAGGUUUCAGUAAAAAUAAGCGACAUAUCGCUUACGUCAUAUCCUGGUGAUAACUUCUUUGGUAUCCACAUGAUAUGACGCGGCGAGCAUGCAAAUGUCCACAUGUGGAACUGCGUGCUCGCCGCGUGGAUGCUUUUACAAAAUGUUCCACCCGACAACGUUGACCAAAUUCAUGCAAGUGAAUUAUAUGGUCCGAGUUGUAAAAGUACCUUGCAGUCUACAAAGUGUAUAUACAAAAAAAUCAAAUGCAUUGGAUCGACUAACGAACUAGAUAGUUAUGAUUGGAAUUUCAAAACCUAAUCUUAGUAAGCAUAUUUUACAGUAUGCAUCACUGAACAUUUCUUACCUUGGCGAGUCAAAUUUCAAAAGUGCCUUCAUCUCUUAUUUAUUACUGAUAUUUUUCUUAUUCAUGGUGUUGUAAAUUUGGAUAAAUAUGGUUCAUUUUAUAUAGAGAAAAGAUAAUAAAUUCCCAAUGCGAAUGAUAAUCAGAAAUAUUAACUGUAUGAUGCUAUAUUCUUAAAUCUUUUUCUAAAAAGAAGGGAUGUAGUUGAAACUUGUUCGUAGUUUCAUUUCAUCGUUCCUCAAAAAGUUGUAACUCUGUUGCUCUGAUCUCUUUCCUACCAUUGAGUAAUAAAUUAGUAAUUAAAUUGAA